UGAUUCUUUCAGAUCUCAAAAUUGACGAUGUCAGCUUAGUCCGACCAAAGGAAGGAAAAGAAGAUUGGCACCCUAUGUUUAAUAAAGCACUGAAAUAUGGAGAUAUUUUGAUGCUAAACGAACAACAGGAAGAGGAACGUCAAGGUAUUCGCUUCGAGAAAUAUGGAGGAAGCAGAUGGCCUGAAAACAAAGUUCCCUAUGCAAUAUCUAGGGCAUUCUCUUCCUCUCAAAAAAGAGCAAUAACACAGGCUGUUGAGGUGUGGAAUAAUGAAGUUAAGUGUGUCAGAUUUGUUCCGAGGAGAUGGUGGCAAAGAGAUUAUGUUUUCUUCUUUGACGGAAAUGGAUGCUAUUCCAACUUAGGCCGAGUGGGCGGACAACAGCCAAUUUCCAUCGACACCAACGGAUGUCUCAGUCAGUCAACUAUCUUGCACGAGAUGGAUCAUGCUGUAGGGUUUGCUCAUGAACAAAAUCGUUCUGAUCGCGAUAAAUAUAUUAGAGUGCUGUUUGAAAAUAUACCUGAAGAAUGGCGAUCACAAUACGAAAAAACCAAUUCUGAGGAUUUCGGUCUUCAAGGUAACUAUGAUUACUACUCAGUGAUGCAUUAUCCUGUUGGUGCACCAGGAACCGAUAAACCAGCAUUCGAGGUACUCGACAAAAAUAUUGAUUUAUCUAAGAUAGGACACGGAGAAGGAUUUACGGAAAUGGAUAUACAGAAAAUACAUGAGCUCUACUGUUCAUGAAAUAUCUGAUAUCAACUCAAAUACAAAUUGGUCUUUUCUUCCAUUACCUUUUUCUUUUCGUAAAGUGUUUUCCUCCUAUAAAUAUUAUUAUUAAUAUUCUAUUCGUAAUAUGUAUUUUAAUAAAAAUAUGUUACAGUGUC